GAUCCCUUUUAUCCAGAAGUAGCCUCUGCUCUUCUUUGCACACUCAGCCUUUUCUGGCUUGCCUAUAUAAAGCCAGAGAGAUCACGAGGGCUCCCUUUCCCUCUCCUCCCCAGCCUGCUGGACUUUCCUCCCCCGGGUGGGAGAACUGGCAACACCAUGAACUCCUCCGCAGCUGCUCCUAUCUUCCUCCCGGGAGAGAACUGCACGCCGUCAUGGAAGGGGGCAGACGCUGGCUUCAAUCAGACGGACACCCACUUGGAGAUCUUGGGCAAACCAGUGAUGGAGAGGUGGGAGACCCCUUACAUGCAUUCUCUGGCGACGGUAGCAGCGUCCAAAGGUGGCCGUGUGCUGGAAGUGGGGUUUGGCAUGGCCAUUGCGGCCACGAAACUGGAAGAGUUCGACAUUGAGGAGCACUGGAUCAUAGAAUGCAAUGAGGGCGUCUUCCAGAGGCUGCAGGAGUGGGCCAAGAAACAGCCACACAAGGUCGUCCCCUUGAAGGGGCUGUGGGAAGACGUGGCGCCGACGCUGCCAGAUGGACACUUUGACGGCAUCCUCUAUGAUACCUAUCCCCUGUCAGCAGAAACCUGGCACACUCACCAGUUCAGCUUUAUCAAGGGUCACGCUUUCCGCUUGCUGAAAGCUGGCGGUGUGCUCACCUACUGCAACCUGACGUCCUGGGGGGAGCUGCUCAAGACGGAGUACACGGACAUUGAGAAGAUGUUUGAGGUGGCUGCUGACAGGAGCAUACAGAUACCAGAGUCCUACCGCCUGCCCAACUGUGGGUGCAAAGCUGCACUAGGCCUCACACCUGCCGUUCUGUUUGCGGACACAAACGAGCACGAGACUCAAGUUGCACACCUGAUGGAGGCAGGGUUCAAGAAGGAGAAUGUAAGCACCAGCGUGAUGGACUUGAUCCCGCCUGAGGACUGCCGGUACUACUCCUUCCACAAAAUGAUCACGCCCACCAUCAUCAAAGAGUGAGCACCCACCCAGCACCCUCUCCUGUCUCGCUCACUCAGCUGCUACAACAAAGAGAGAGGGAAGAAAUCCUGCCAGGAGGAGUGAAAACUAAAUCAUCAAGGACUGGCUAUUUACAAUCCAGGGAGGGGAGGGAAUAUUCAUCGCUCUACAGUACUAAUGAGGGAAGAUUAACAUAUCGAUUGGACUUUCCAGUAAGAUUGAGAGGAGGGGAAGAUUUGGGAAAGUACAGUUGGAAGUUUAUCACAGUUUAGAACUAGCACGUCUGUAGUGGACCCUGCACCACAAAGGGUCCAAGUGACUAGGACUGGGAUUCAGGACUCCUGCCUUCUAGUCCCAGCUCUGCCACUGAGCUGCUGGUGUUUAUGAGCAAGUCACUGCCCCGUCUGUGCCUCAGUUUCCCCAUCCACAAUACAUUAUUCCCUUUCUCCCCCCCAGCCAAUGCUUUGAGAUCUAUGGCUCUAAGACCCUAGGUCAGAGCUAGGUGUUAUUUGGUAAACGAAACCUGCUCCAAGGCCUGGCUGUGGAUCUGGGGCAUUUCUCCUACGUUUUUAAAGAAUGUUUUUAUUGUGGGGUUUGACCUGCGCUCAGAGCCCUCGCUGUAGGCUCCACAGCUGUUGAUUAAAGUGAAAAUCAGUAGGGGACUGUAGGUAGGGAUUGAAUGAGGGAUUUUCUAAUCGGAGUUUCCAGUAAAAAAAGACAGUGUUCCAAAGAUCAAGACUUGACUCUCCCCGACCAGCCGAGUAAAGUACCCUCUACCCCACAGAGUUUAAUUCUGAAAGCCUGGCAUUUGCAUUUGUGUAAUUAAAUGAGAUUCAGACAACUCCCAGAGCAUAUCCCGUGGGAAUCUCCACUUAUAUUUUUGGCCAAUGGCCUGUUUUUAAUUAAGAUUUUGGUAAUGAAUUCUUAUGACCUUCCUGGAAGUUUACCACUACAUGACUGACUAUCCACCUCUGUACAUAGAUGUGGUGGACAUGCUAUUAAUACGAACACUAAAGACAGUAAAUUGACUUAAAAACUACA